CUUUGUUUUCUAUGGGGAAUCUCAUAAACGAAAAGAGAAUGCAAAAUUGGCCUAUAUGGUGCUCUAACUUUCAGGCCAGCAAACUCAUUCAUUGGAUUUGUUCACUCUAAAUGGGGUUACAGGUAAAACAACAGGUAACUAAACUAGUUUUGUUUACAUAAGACAACCUUGGCGACCUUUCACAAUAAAUAUUUGACAUUCGCUGAGCUUGUGGCCCGACCGGGCCAUUGUUGAAUAAAUAAUCAGGUCGAAUUGAAUUCAGCUAGCAGUUAUUCACUCGGCUUUCAAAUCAAUGCUUAGUACAUACACAUACGGUCGUUCUCUCAACGCAACGCAACAUGACGGCCUGUACUGAUUCAACCAUCGUUGAUCUUCCCAAAAUUAAGUCAGAGGACAAACUCGACUGUGCCGUGUGCGGGGACAAAUCCACGGGGAAACAUUAUGGAGUGAGCACAUGCGAAGGUUGUAAAAGUUUCUUCAAACGCACGGUUCGUAACAGCACUUCGUACACGUGCCGAGGAAACAACAAUUGUACAGUGGACCGGGAUAAUCGGAGCCGCUGCCCGUCUUGUCGAUUUCAAAAAUGUCUCAACACAGGAAUGAAAAAGGAAGCCGUUCAAACAACAAAACUACCAGCUUUUCCGGGAUUCUCUUUUCCUUACUUCGGGGACCCAGCUGGUUUCUACGCACCAGGCCUCCUGCCAUUCACAUUCCUUCAGCCGGCACUGUCUAAUCCGGGAAACAUUCACAUGGGAAUGUUCCCACAAACCCAGGGAACUUCUGAGGUCGUUUAUGAGCUGGCGGCCCACGUGCUGUUCUCGGUCGUAGACUGGGCUCGAAAGCUGCCAACCUUCAACAACUUGGUGGAAAGCGACCAAAUCACCCUACUCAAAAUGGCUUGGAGUGACCUGUAUCUACUGGAAAGCGCUCGCAGUCCGAUUCAUAUGUACCUCCAGCAGCUUUACGCCACAGCUAGCAUGCAGGCCAGGCAGGUUUCCAUGGAGAAUAUUCUUAAACGGAUGGAGCAUGCGCGGUUGUUUCAAGACCAGGUGGAGAAGGUUCGGUCGCUUGGAAUGGAUUUGACAGAGCAUUUCCAUAUCAAGUGUGUUGUCUUGUUCCGAACAGACGGCUCACCCAUUACACAGCCCCAACAAAUCGAAAUCCUUCAAGACACUUCCCAGAGUUCCCUGGAACAGUACAUUAGAACCCAGUACUCCAGUCAGCCCACGCGCUUCGGAAAGCUGCUUCUUAUGCUGUCAUCUCUGAGAAAAGUCGAGCCCGCGGUCAUCGAACAGCUGUUUUUCGCAGACGUGCUGCGUGGCGCAUCAAUGGGAGACGUGUUAAAGAAGAUGCUGACCAGCAAUUCUUCAGCACCGAUUGUUCACGGGUCGUUAAUGGCUUAAGGGGAAAGCGAUAACGCUGCGUUUUGCACAAGAGAGAAAGAGAAAAAAAAAAAACUUUUGGCUUCGUUGGCAAGAUAAUCAAAUCGUCGUUGAAAAAAAUAUAAAAUUGAGCAGCCGUUUAGAAUUUCAACGUGCUCUGAGCCGACACUAUUUAUAUACAGGAUGUUGACAUGCGAUCUAUACAAGGUUUAUUUGAUAGGAAAACAGGUUAUUUUUUUUAAAAUAAGUCAAAUGUGCCAGAAAUAAAAAUUGAUAAUUAUACGUAAAAACUUAAGGAAACAGAUGCGAAUAAUUGUAUUACGAUUUAUGCAUGGAAUGUGAUAAAGUGGAGAGUACAGAGGACAUUUCAAUUAACAUAAAAUGUUUUACUGGUUGUUCAGAUGAAAAAAAUAUAUCCAUAUUUUAUAAUCUUUCAAAUGAAAAAUGCUAUCAGAUAAGUCGACAAAUGGCUAGAAAACGUCAGGUAUAUACCCACGAAGUCGAGAACAAUUUU